CCGGCAAGCGGUGCCUGAGGCCGCCCAGGGGAACUGGCCAGGGGUGGCGGGGCGGGACACGACCCCCGGCCCCGAGGCGGGCAGGACCCCCCUCAGCCACCCCAAACGCCAUGACGGCGGCACCCCCGGCCCGUUAAUCGGCCGGGAAGGGGCGGGCCAACACUGAGGGGGCGUUUCCAGGCGCUCGCCCAGCGCCGGGGCCGCCGCCAUUUCGCGCUGCGCCCUCGCCGAGCCGGCCUGGGGGCUGUGGGGGGCCCCGCGGGGAUGGCGCCCGCGGCCGGGGGGCGCCCCCAGCGUCCACCUCAAAGCCACCCGGCCUGACCUCAAGCUAAGGACAAGCUGCUGCUGCUGCUGCUGCUGCUGCUGCAGGUGAGGUGGCAGCGCUAAGCGGGCUUGUGGAAGCGCUGGAGGCUGCGGGCAGCACGCAGGGGUACCCAGCUGAGUUACCAGGUAUGGAAGCAAAAUGUUUAUUUUACAAUCAGUAAGCUGUAUUUCUUAAUCACUAUGGAAACACUGAUGGGUGGACCACUGCGUUUUUACCAAUUUGCGUACAUCAUCUGUAUUCUGUGUGCAGCUUGUUGCAGCAGCAUGCCUGAAAGGUUUCCAGAAGGGCCACCUUUCGAACUAAAAAUGGAAUCUCACAACUUCGAACACAUUUUGUCCUGGCAGGCAGUAACUGACCCAAAUGUGACAGCUCACUAUCGUGUACAGUACUAUGACCGCAGGAACUGGAUGAUUGCACAAAACUGUUCAUAUAUUGAACACCUCUCCUGUAACCUAACAGAGGAUUUUAAAAAUAUAUCUUCUGAGUAUUCCGUACGUGUUCAGAGCUUUGUAGGAACAAAAGUAUUCACUUCUUCUGAACUUCGUUUUGUGCCACAUACUGACACAUGGCUGGGACCACCAGAAGUUAAUAUCAGUUCUUGUCUAAGCUGCAUAAAUGUCACCGUAAAGCUGCCAACCCCUCACUUAAGGAAUAAUGAGAAGCUGGUGUCUUUAUUUGAUAUAUAUGAAGAGAUUGAGUAUUCUAUAACACUGAAAACACCUGACAGAGAGCAUAAGAUGCCACUUGAGACAACCACUAAAGAAACUUUCAGUACUGUCAUUAGAGAACUGCAUCCAAAUGCAAACUACUGUGUGUCCGUUACGGUCUCCGCAUCUCUGAACAAACAUUCCACCUCAUCAGACUGGAAAUGUGCAACUGCAGGCUCUGUAGCUCAACAAGGUUAUUACAGUGCUUCAUUUGCAAGUGCUAUAUGUUUUGCACUGGUGUUAGGUAUUGUCCUGAAGUGUAUGCAUUGGGGAGGCUAUAUUCUUCAGAAAAAAUCACUUCCUCGUACCUUGGUAUUCAUCGGGGGGACGAUACGCUAUUCACCUUGUACAUUUGUAACUGAAAAAACAGAAUCUGUAGAGAUCAUAUAUAAAGAGAUUAAAAAAAAGGCAGUGGGAUCUAGUGUCAGCGAUGACAGUGACAGCGAUGACAGUGGCAGUGAUGACCUAAGUAAUCAUGACUACACAAGGCGUAAUAUCGUAAGAACACCUCAUUCCUCUGACACGACAGGUGUAUUUGUGCGGUGCUCUACAAGUAGCACAUGUGAUGACGGUAGCAGCCAGGCAAGUGAACAUCUGGAUGAUGACCCAGAAGUUUUUGAAGAGAAUGAGAUGGACAUUGAAAAAGAUCAAGACCCAGGCUGCAAGUUACUUCAGCCUUUCCCUGAGGAGAACUGUACCUAUUCUUCUAGGUCAAGGAAUAAUGAUUGCUUUACCAUAAACUUGAAAAGUGUGCUUCUGGGAAUCUCUGAAGACACCAUGGACAAUUCUACAGCUCUUCUGUCUUCCCAGGGUGACACAGUUGACUGGCAACAUAGACAUGCUUUUGAAUCACAGCUCCCUGAUGAUACAGAAAGUGUGCAGAAACCACACUGUCUUAACAACUCUCAGGAAUGGAAAGAUUCAUCUAGUUCUUCCAAUGAAAGUGACUCAUCAGAUUCAGAUACAGACCCAAAAACUGAAUACCUAAGAAGAUGAAUCUGAGGACCACUGUUGUUUUAUAACAUACAAGUAGAUACUGUCCAACUUUAUUCUUUCUGGACUGAACAUACAGACCUGAUCUCUUUGUUUUAGCAUUCUGAAAGUAUAUACUGAAGUACUGAAAAUAUACAGGACUCAUUUUAACAAAUAUUUCUGUGAUAUCAGUGUGUGGUUCAGGUGGUAUCAAAAACAAUUUGGAUGUAGCAGAAAAAGGGAGCAGUUACUUCGUUUUGCAAUUUGCUGGUGAAUUAUACCUUUUAGCUGUUACAUGGUAAAUAUCUUCUAUAAACUCAAGUGAGGAGUUAGUUUAUAGUACAGGGAGAUGUGAAUGGCCGGUCUCUUAAUCAAACCCCGUUUGGUUGUCUUGUGUGUUUUUUUGUUUUGUUUCCCAAGGACUCUGCUACUAUUCCUUAGCUUUGUUGAUGGGUUACUCUGAAGCCUGUUCUGCUGGGUGGAUUGCAGGCAUCAGGGUAGUGCUACGUUCCAGUCAGUAAACUGAUUUCAAAGUUGUGCAGAGAAGGCCGAUAAAUGAAAUCAUGGAGGUGCAGGGAGACAAGGUAAGAAUACUCAGUAGCUUGCAAGAGAGUUCGUGUUACUGUGAUUCAAGGCAUUAAACGUGUCUGUCUCGUAUAACUGAAUACUAUUUUUUAAAAUAUUUUUUAUGAUGUUUAAAGGUUACUGGACAGUAAAGUUAUUUUAUCCUUCAUAAAAAGAAAACUUUUCAUAAACCUGUCUAAGAA